UUCACUAUAGUCUUAAGUCUAUAGCCGAACACACCAACUACCUCAAAGAGGGUUUAGUUUCAAUUGCGCACUGAAACUCGAAGGUGUCUCUAAUCCCUCGAAGAAAAUAUUUUGGAAAAAAUUAUUUCUUUUGUUUUCAUUGUCCCUUAUUUAUUUUUUUUUUAAUAUAAUAAUACCAUUUUUAAGGGGGAAAAUUUAUAAUUUUGAAAUUAAUUUUUUUUUUUAAUUAAACAGCUCCGAUGUCCGGAGCUUUGAAUUUUUGUGCGAAUUGUGACACCUUGUAUUGUGUGGACUCUUGUCGUAAUUCGCCGGUUUUAAUCUCGGGAGAGUUGUUUAAAAUUUUAUUUAAAUUGACACGGAAGUGAAGGAAAGUGUGAGGGGGAGAAUAAUUAGGGGAUGGGGCGACUUUGGCUAGUGUCCCUUUUAUUGGGAUUGCUGCACAUUGGAUUUGCUGCAAAAUGUCCGAGGCAGAGAACUUCGCCCGGCAAGGAAAUUCUCUGUUACACUGAAAGUUACAACAUACAACGAUUGGAAGAUGUUAUCUGCAGUUGUACAGUUUUAGUUCAUCAAGGUCACGAUAUUCAGAAUCUACCUGAUUCCGGAUUCAAGGAUCUGAGGAAUUCUUUGAAGGAGAAAAAAAAUGACCUUCGAUUUGUUAUUGCCGUGAGUGAUAUUCGUGGUUUCCUCAGAACUUCCGGUUUAAUGCGACAGGAAGCUGCAACACGUUUGGCAACAAUUUUGGCUGAGGUCGAUGGGGUUGAGUUGAACGUAACUGCCGGCUCAAAAGAACGACUCGUCCACUUCGUGAAAGGGUUGAAGGACGAGAUGAUCAGAAAAUCCAACGAGAAGGUCAUUUUUCUUGCGUUGCCCGCGAAACCAGAACUGUUGGCAAAGCAAUUCGAUCUUAAGGAGCUUUCCAAAUAUGUUGAUUUCUUCACGACAUCGACACAUUAUUUGGUGGAUGAAGAUGAGGCCUUUCGUACAUUUCAUCCCUCACGAUUGAUGGGCUUGUUCGAUAUGCUCAACACUGACAGUGUAAUCGAUUUAACAAUAGGUUUGGGAGUGCCAAAAUCAAAAAUCAUCAUGUCAGUGCCAGCGAGUGCCUAUAAAUUUGCUCUCAAGAAUGAAGGUGAAAAUACUCCCAGAUCACCGACAAAUGACGAAAAGCCAAUUAUUCUCAAUCGAAAGCAGCUGUGCGAUUUAAUGAGCGUUGAUGAAUGGACUUUAGAAAGGGAUGAUGAUCUCACAGCGCCCUAUGCUUUCAAUAAUAAAAAUUGGAUUUCCUUUGAGGAUCGUACGUCGAUUGGAAUUAAGGGAAAAUACGUAUCCCUUCGAGAUCUCGCAGGAUUGGGAAUUCACGAUAUUGAAAAUGAUAUGAAGAAUAAUUGCAGUAAACCAAUAACUCAGGAAAUUUUUCAAUCUUUCACUAAUUUAAAGAGAAAAACACGAGAAGCUGUUCUGUCUUCCCUUGAAAAUGAAUUGCACACAACGCAAUUAUCGUAUCCAAACCAUGUGAAACCAAGUGGAUAUAGAAUAACUCGAGUCGUUGAUACUAAAGGACACAUUCAUGCAACUCGUGAGCAUUCACAUACAGAAUUUACUUGCACGAGGCAGGGAUAUUUUGUGCACCCAAAAAGUUGUAAUAGAUUUUACCGCUGUGUGAAAUUCAAUCAGCAGAUAGACGAUUACUCGGUAUUUGAGUUUGAUUGUCCUGCAGGAUUGGCAUUUGAUGAAAUAACAGAAGUUUGCGUGUGGCCAGGAUCACUCUCAAAAGGCUCACCAUGUCCAGGAAGUAGUGAAAUAGCACCAGUACCAAAAACAAGAUUCGAGUGUCCCGAUCAUCCCGGCUAUUAUGCCGAUCCAGAAAAUUGUCGAUGGUUCUUCGCCUGCUUCGAUUUAGGUGGACCACACAUGAUACCAUACGAAUUCCGUUGUCCUUUCGGACUUGUCUUCGAUGAAGAUAAACUGAUCUGCGAGUGGCCUUGGCUAGUGCCAAAAUGCGGAGGUGGUGGCUACACCUAUACUCAUUUCGGUGGCUACGGAGGACAUGAUGAUUAUGGAGGUCAUGAAGAUCAUGGUGGAAAUGGAGAUUACGGAGGUCAUGAAGAUCAUGGUGGACAUGGAGAUUAUGGAGGCCAUGGUGGCAGUUGGGAUUACGGAGGUCAUGGAGGUAGUUGGGAUAACGGAGGUCAUGGAAAUGGAGGUGAUGGAGGCGGUUGGGAUAACGGAGGUCAUGGAAAUGGAGGUGAUGGAGGCAGUUGGGAUAAUGGAGGUCAUGGAGGCAGUGGGGGUAAUGGAGGUCAUGGAGGCAGUGGGGGCAAUGGAGAUAAUGGAGGCAGUGGGGGUAAUGGAGGUCAUGGAGGCAGUGGGGGCAAUGGAGAUAAUGGAGGAGGUUAUGGAAGAGAAGGUGAUUAUGGAGGCCUUGGAAGCUAUGGAGAUGACGAUGGUUAUGGUGGACAUCACGUGAGUCCUGUUUCUCCUGGUGGCGGCUACGGAAUGAUCGAUCAUGGGCAUGGAGGAUCUGGAGGCAAUGGAGUUAAGGGAGGUCAUGAUGGUGACGGAAACCAUGGAGGUCACGGUGGAUACGGAGGUUACGAUGGUCGCGGUGGAUCUGGAGGGCACAUGGGACAUGAUGGAAACGGUGGACAUAAUGGAAAUGGAGGACAUAAAGGACAUGAUGGUAAUGGAGGACAUAAAGGACAUGAUGGAAAUGGAGGGCACAAUGGUAACGGAGGACAUAAGGGACAUGACGGUAAUGGCGGUCAUGGCGGACAUAAUGGUAACGGAGGAAGUAAAGGUGGUCACAAAGGUGGAAAUGGAGGGCAUGGCGGUCAUAAUGGUAACGGAGGAAACAAAGGUGGUCACAAUGGUGGAAAUGGAGGGCAUGGCGGUCAUAAUGGUAACGGAGGAAGUAAAGGUGGUCACAAAGGUGGAAAUGGAGGACAUGAUGAUCAAGAAAAAGACGACGAUUCCGAAGAAAAUUACGGUGGACACGAUACAAGUCCAGUUUUUCCUGGCAAAGGACACGGAGGUAAAGAUGAUGAUGACGACAAGCACGGAAAGGAUGAUGAUUAUGAUAAACACGGAAAGGAUGAUGAUGAUAAACACGGAAAAGAUGACGACGAUAAACACAGUGAUGAGGACAAGGGACAUGAUUACGAUCAUCAUACGACUACUGAACAUAAUUAUCACACAACCACUGAACAUGAUUAUCAUACAACUACUGAACAUAAUUAUCACACAACCACUGAACAUGAUUAUCACACAACUACUGAAUAUGAUCACCAUACCACUGAGCAUGAUCAUCAUACCACUGAACAUGAUCAUCAUACUACUGAGCAUGAUCACCAUACUACUGAACAUGAUCAUCAUACUACUGAACAUGAUCACCAUACUACUAAAGAUGAUCAUCAUACAACUACUGAUUAUCACCAUCACACAACUUCCGAUUACGACCACUACACAACCGUUGGUUACGACAAUAAUGAGAAAGAUGAUCAUGACGUCACCGUUGGUUUGGAAUUUGGUUCCGAUGAGCACACAACAAAAGCAGCAGAACACGAUGAAAGUGGCGAGAGUCUUGGAGAUUACAGUCAUGUUGGUAAUUACGAUUAUAUUGAGAGUUCAAAGAAGAAUGAUUCAUCAGAGUUUAGAAAAAGUCCUUCGUCUGGAAAAAUUAAUUCUGGAUCUGGUAGAAAGCAAGUUGCAGCGGGAUCGCAUCGAAUCUCCCUGUCUCCCGAGGGAGGAAACAAAGGAAGACAUGGUUCACAAUCUGUUUACAAAAGUCCACAAUACACGGGUCAUGCUAAUGGAAAAGUGGAAAAUACCGCGUCAGACGAUUCCAUUAGAGGAUACUCGACUAAUGCGGGUUAUUCAGGAGCUACAAGACGUCCUGCUUCGGUAAAUUCUGGAUUCACUGCUGACGGAUCCUCAAAAUUCAGUUCUGGAGUUUCAACGGUACGACCUGAAGGUUCCUCAGGAUAUUCAGCUAAUGUUGGUUACACGGGAAAAAUAAAAGGAGUCACUCCUGCGUAUGGUUCAAGUACUUCGGCAGGUGCUGCUUAUUCCACAGCAUCUGGUGGAAGAACUAUAAGUGAACAGACUGGAACCGGAUAUACAAGUUCUAGAGGUGAAGGAUACACUGGAUCAAGAAUUGAAGGCUACACUGGAUCAAGAGGUGAAGUAUACUCAACUCGUCCAUCAUUUUCCGAAGUUCAACAAGGUUUCGCAACAUCUGGAAAAGCAGAUCAAGAUAGUAACAAAUACUCCACUUCAUCUGGUUUUCAGACUGAUUAUACAAAAACAAGGCAACAGACUGGUAAUGAUCGAUACCAACCAAACAACUAUGGCUCUUCUGAUGCAUCAGGAACAAUUGGUUCUAAACAACCAACUGUCGAUUACUCAACAGGAGAGUACGGAUCCAGGAUUCCUGCCGAUUCUGUCGGAAUUGGAAGUACCGCAUUCACUGGACCUACUCCGACAACUAUCUACAACCAAGCGGGUUAUAAAACAAUAUCCAACAGUUAUCCAAACGUUCAUAUCACUUCCACAAAUGGAGUAACUUCUAGUCAAUUCGAGGGAUCAGAUAACGGAAAAAUUGCAGGUAGCUUCGUAAGUCCUCCAGUUUCUUCCUCUGGUUCUUAUUACGCCCGAGGAAAUACCAAUCAACCUCCAGUUUCUUCCUCUGAUCCUUACGACGCCCGAGGAAAUACCAAUCAACCUCCAGUUUCUUCCUCUGGUUCUUACUACACCCGAGGAAAUGCCAAUCAACCAGAAUAUGUUAAUACAGGAACGGAUUAUACGAAUCCAAACAGAUAUUCCAAUAAUGUUUUUCUAGCGAAUCAGGCACAAAAUAGUGCCAUUCUAGGAGUAAAAACAACACCCGAUUACUAUCCAGCAGGUCAACCUUCUCCAGGAGGGAUCGCACUGGCAGAAAAGAAUCCGGUACCAAACAGUCCAAUUGUAGGAGUAAUAUCAACACCUGCUUACUAUUCAACAGGUCAAACCUCUUCAGGAAGAAUCAUAUUCGCAGAAAAUAAUCAACCGGAAAUUAAUCAAGGAAAUUCUGUAACAGCCGGUCCACCAAUAACCACAUAUCGUGGUCCAAAUCUCUUCACAGCCGAUCAUCGCAUAGCCAAUCCACUAAUUACCACCUAUCGUGGAGGCACCAAUUCCAAAACGAUUCCAGUUGGUUCCCAGACAACGCCCGUUUACAACAGAGAAAACUCCGGCUACAAAAUAAAUGAAUAUCACGAUAAUGGCGGACGUGGUACCAUUCGAUACAAUAACGGUUUCGUCGUCACUAAAAUACCCGAGAGCGAUUUUCGAAAUUUCUCACCAUCCCUAGAGACUAUUCCCGACAUCGAAGACACCAGUCUUUCAACUUCUCCGCAACAAUUCGCCGGUCCGGGUGUCUUCACUCCGGAAGGCUUUACAAAAACCGGACCAACAAGAACUGGAUUCACGACCGCUCAAUUGGGAGGCAGUGGAAGUUACGUAAUUGGCACCUCGCCCAGACCGAGACCAAAUCUGGAUAAUAUUGGAGAAAAUGCCUUCGCCGGCAAUGUUGGUUAUAGCAAUCGGGUAAUUUCACAAUCCAAUGGUAUUUCCACUCCCAGUUUGAAUAUUCAAUCCGGAUCUUAUUCUACUCAACCGUCGCUCUCAACGAGUUCGUAUCAGGAAGCUACCACAUUGGCACCUUUGAUAAGUGCCGAGGUACUUGCCACAAAUCAACCGUUCGUGUCGUCUGCUGGUACCGAAAGACCUUACGAACCAGUGAAAUCUUCUGUGGGAAUAAAAAGUUCUGUUACUGAAAGACCUUUUGAGGAAAUUGGAUCUAAUAGUUUUACUGGGAGACCCACGGGCGCUUACAGUGAUGUAGAGUUGAGUGGAGGACAAUAUCAACCAGGUGUUACCGACGUUCCUGCCGGUACUUUCGAACCAAUUAGAUCUGAUGGAUCUUCAGGUAUUUUCGUACCGAUUAAAAGCUCUGCUACUCAAAGACCUUCAGGUACUUUCCUACCAGUAAAAUCGGCUGCUGUGAGUGAUAGACCUUCAGGUACUUUUGUGCCAAUUAAAUCUGCUAUAACUGAUAGACCUUCAGGUACUUUUGCACCAAUUAAAUCUUCUGUUAUAGCUGACAGACCUUCAGGUACUUUCCUACCAGUAAAAUCGGCGGCUGUGAGUGAUAGACCGUCAGGUACUUUUGUGCCAAUUAAAUCUGCUAUAACUGACAGACCUUCAGGUACUUUUGUACCCAUUAAAAACUCUCCUAUCACUGACAGACCUGUGGGCACUUUUGCACCAAUUAAAAACUCAGCAAUUACUAGCAGACCUAUCGGCACUUUCGUACUAGUAAAAUCCUCUGCUGCCACUGAUAGACCUUACGAUGUCAAAUCAACGGGAGCUGGACAGUACCAAACAGGGGGUCAGCAACCAUCUGGUAACAGUAACUACCAAGCUGGAGAACAAUCCGUCGACGUAAAUGAACAAAGAGGAUUUGGCAACAAUUAUAAUCAACCAGUCUAUCAAUCCUCUGCUACCAGCGAUUACAGAAAACCAGGUUACGAACCCUCCGCUAUCGUUAAUGACAAAACUUAUCAACCUUCCGCUACCAGCGAUUAUCGAAACCCAGGUUAUCAAUCUACUGUCAGCAAUUAUAGAGAACAAUCCGCUACGAACAAUUACAACAGACCCAACUAUCAAUCAGACAAAAACUAUCAGCCAACAUCCGAAAACUAUCAGGGAUCGUACACGAAUUCUGAUCGAACCAGCACAGAUUAUCAGUCUACGGUUUAUCAAUCAACGGAUUAUAAGCAAUCGAAUUUGCAAAGUGGUUACCAGUCGCCAAUAGUUCCAGUGGGAUACACAACUGGAACUAAGGAACAAUUCCAAACAACUAUUUAUCAAGCGGCGAAAAUUCCCGGUGGCACUUCAGUUCAACCGAUUGUUGACAAUGGUUACAAGACAGUUGUUUCAUCGACGAAAAUUCCUGUUAUUGUCACACCAGCGAAAUACGAUAGUCAAAAUUCUAUUUCUACGGUGAAACCGUCGCGUAUUGAAACUCCUGUUUAUCAGCGAACGCAAGUAACGAAUGAUUAUUCACAGGCGACAACUACUGCUAAUGAUAGGGGAAUUUUCGGACACAAAGAGACCAGUCAACCGAAUAUGGCUGUUAGUCUUUCGGCCCAGGCAGAAAAGGGACAGAUUUAUCGUGGUUCGAGUACAACUGGAUAUACAGUUUCGAAAAAUGAUGAACGAAAUUACGUUACGUCGAGUAAUUAUGAUCGAGAAUCAGCUACAGAUGCAGAAGUCGUGUACAUUCCAUCGACAACAAUUUCUCCAGAGAGUGGCGUGACCUAUAGAAGACCAUUUACAACCCAAUUUCCACUAAAUAGUCCAACAGAUGCGGAAGAAUACACGACAGAAUAUAGCUUUACAACGCCUUCGUAUUCGUCUGAGAAAUAUUCGACGGUUGGUAAAACACUCGCAGGCUCCGAUGCCAUCACCACAGCCAUCGAUGGAACGAAAUUCGAUUACGAUCAUCAAAAUCGUGGCUCCAUCAAGUACACACCAAACAGCGCAUAUGUUGAUGAAAUGAAAACCAAAUACCUUGGCACUGCGAAACCUAUUGAUAACAAACAAUCUCAAUACACAACAGCCAUAACACCAUCAAUUACCACCUAUCAUGGAAAUUAUCGAAAAAUAUCUCCCACAACAUCCAAGUACGAAGACGAUAAAUCUCUAUCGGCGGAAGAAACGAAUGGCAGGGGUCGAAAGAUAAUAGUGAAACUGACCGAUUUACAUCCGAUUUUAAUUGGAAAAUUGGGCGCAGAAUGUACAUGUAAAUCGGAUCCAUUUGAUAUAUUCCGUGGUCCAAGGCGAAAGCACGUGUCAAUACCAUCGUCACGCGGAGUUGUUGACUUAGCGAAUUAUGAUGAAUCCGACGUUUAUGUUGAUCUCGAGGCUGAUAAGGCGAUUGAGAGAAUAAAAGCUGAAGCAUCUAUGGGACAAAUUAAGGCUGAGAAGCUAAUUAGUCAAGAGUCGGAUGAGAGAUUAGAGAAACUCGAAGAAAGCACUACACCUUGUCCUACGGACGAGAAGGAUCCUCCAAAGUACAAUGGCCCGAUUAUCCGCGUUUAUGAUCAUCAUCAAGGUCAACCGGCUCGUCUUACAGAAUCAGAGGCAGAAGAAUCAUCAUCUCCUGUCUCAUCAGCACAGACAUCGGGACGUCCAAUAAGUGAAAAUCGAGGAUCAUCAAGAUAUAUAAUUCACACGGAUAAUAAUGUUGCAAGUGCAUCAAUUGCUACUGGCAGUAGAAUAGCAAAUGGUAGAUCUGGCAAAUCCCUCUUUGGCAAACCAUCAGCAUCAAAUGAUAGAGGAAAGAAGAAAUUUGAAAUUAGCAAACACGACGCCGCCUCAUUAAUUGAUAAUGAUGAUGGCGAAUGUGCGAGACCAGGACUUUUCCGUCAUCCAAAGCUUUGCAAUAAAUUCUAUGUGUGUCAUUGGGACGAAUGGAAACAGAAAUUCUCUCGACACGUUUUCAAUUGUCCAAUUCACUUAACCUUUGACUCAACGGCUGGAGCUUGUAACUGGCCAAGUAAAGGUCCAGCCUGUCAGGAUGACAAUCUUCUCGUUUAAAAUGCUCAAACUCAACAAAAAAACCUAGAAUAAAAUUUACAUUAUUAAAUUAAUUUUAAUUUUCAUAAUUAGAACUUGAAAUUUCAAAAUUAAUUUACAUUAUAGUUUUAAUUAAUUAUUCUCUACCGAGUGAAUCAAUUAAUU